AUGAAAACAGAAGUUCAACCACCACCCGAUAAAUCAAAAAUACCUUUACCUACACUCUCUCAAAUUAAUGCUGAUAGAAUAACUCAGCUUGCGAACCAGUAUUGGUCACCUCAUACUAAAGAAGAUCACUUACCUUAUGAUGCAUCUAUUGUGGAAUCUAUAUACCAGGCCGAAAUUCUUGGUUCCAACUUUGCAGUUCGUCGUAUAAUGAUGUUAGAAUUCUCCCAGUACUUGGAAACAUAUCUAUGGCCUCAUUAUGAAACCGGCAAAGCAACACACGCACACAUGAUGUCGGUCAUCGUUAUGAUCAACGAAAAGUUCAGAGAGAGAGUACAAGCAUGGCAGGCCUUUCUUAAGAAACCAGAACAUUUCCCGGGGUUUUUUGAACAAGUUUUACGAGCGAGUGUGUCAGAAGAAAGUCGUAAUAUGCGUGAACAGACCGCAUUACUACUGUUUCUGAACCACUGUUUCGGUAGCAUGGAAGUGCAAUUAUGCCGGGACCAAGUUAAAAGACUUGUGUCACUCAGUAUGUGGAUUAGUUUGCAAGAAGGUAGAAGAAACCAAGAAUUCAAAGCAGUGCCUAAGUGGCGUAAAUACUGGCGGGCCAUACAGAAGAAAGAUAAACCAGAGUUGCUUGAGAAGUUGAACUGGGAGAGACGGUACUUACAGCGACUGAUGAUCAAAUUCAUGCGAAUUUUGGAGAGUAUACCUGAAGAUGGGGAUGUAGAUGUAAAUGCUGUACGGUAUUGUGAGAGGUUCCUAGAGCUGAUGAUAGAUUUAGAAGCCCUUUUGCCAACUCGAAGGUUCUUCAACACGGUGAUGGACGACUGUCACCUGGUGGUGCGCUGUCAGCUGGCACCGCUCUCCCGAAGACCUGAAGGCCAGCUGUUUACACAGCACUACACCAUACACCACAUAAAAAAAAAUAUUGCUCUGGAUGAUGCU